AUGCCAUCCGUACAAGAACUCGAACGUCAACGAUUGGCAGCCAUGUAUGGAGGAGGAAAUGAUGAUCAAGAAUCCUCUUCAGAUGAAGAAGAAUCAACCAACUCUCCAAAUACAACAUUGAGUGCUGCUACAAAUGCUUCAUCAACAUCAACAACAUCAUCAUCAACAUCAACCACAAAUACAACCAAUCGAUCCACUCAACGUAAACAAUUGUUUGGAGGUGCCAUGAAGAAUGCCAUGAAAAAGUUGGGUAACAUUUCUUCAGCAGGAUCAUCCGAAAAGAAAUCAGAUUCCUCCUCCGCCUCAACAAAUCCUCCCAAAUUCUCGACAGCUAUUCGUGUGUUGCGUUCAGUGAAAGAAAUGCACUCUCGUGUCUCUAUUUUGGUUGAGGAUCAAUCUCAGACUGCCAAAAUGGAUCUCGACAAGGCACUCGAAACUCCUGACAUUAUUUUGAAUCAGGAUGAUUUGUUUGAGGGAGCAGGUGAAAAAGCAGGACUUCAAAUUUGGCAUCUCGUCAAGAUGAUUCCAAUUGCUGUUCCAGAAGAAGAAUUUGGCAAGUUCAAUUCCUCCGAUUGUUAUGUCUUGUGUUACACAUUUGAAGCUCAAGACGAUGAAACUCGUCUCCGAAAGAUUCAUUAUUGGGUUGGAAAGAAUGCCAAUGUCAUGAAACAAGCCGUUUGUGCAUUUCUAUCCAAUGAAUUGGCCAAUCGAAUUUCAGCUUCUCUCUAUCGUGAAGAAGAACGUGAAGAGAGUGAAGAUUUCUUGGAAUAUUUCGAUCAUCAUAUUGAAUAUAGAGAUGCUUGUGCCACUCAAGAUUCAUUACUCAAAGUUUCACACAAGGAAUUUGUUCCACGUUUGAUGAAGGUCGAUGCUGAUCAUAAACGUCGUCUCUUGGUGAAACGUGUUCACUUAUCCAAAUCACAAAUCGAGUCAGCUUCUUCUGUGAAGGAUGUUUUUAUUUUGGAAAAUGAAGAACAUGUCUAUGUUUGGAUUGGAAGUGAAGCAAGUAAAACAGAACAAUUGAAGGGAGUGGAUGUGGCACGUAAUAUCAUUCAUGACGAUCGAAAGGGUAAAGGACAUGUGGAAAUUAUUCAUCAAUCCUCAUUAUUAGAUUCAUCAUCUUCACUUCCUUCUGAUUUUCUUUCUACUUUUGAACAAUUUGGAAACUCUCAUGCAAAAUCAGAUGCCUCUCAAGAUGCUGCAACUCUUUUCAGUGUUUCAGUCUUAUCAGUGGAAGAUAAGAAAUUUGAUAUCAAUAAGAUUGCUGCUGGAGAGUUGAAACGUGACAUGUUGAAUGAGGAAUCUGUGUACUUGCUCGAAACAAAGAAUGAGAUUUACUUGUGGUUUGGUAAAAAGUCUAAAUUUGUCGAUCGAAAGUGUGCAGAAACUUUGGCAGCUACCAUUCAAAACUCUUCACCUGAUAUUUUAGAAAUUCACAGUUGUUUCUCUGGAAAUGAACCUGUCUUGUUUAGAGAGAGAUUUUUGCAUGGAUUUUAUUUGUAUGAUACUCCUGAGAUCUUUGAAAAGAAGAGAAGAGAAUUGGCUGAUAUUUGUGACGAUGAGUUUGAUUCCAAUCAAAAUCUUGACAUUCGAUUGGAAGAUUUUAAUUAUAAGGAAAAACUUGAUUAUGUGGAUCCUGAUGAUGAAGGUACAGGAACAGUUCAAAUUUGGAGAGUUGUGGAUGCAAAUUAUGCAGAACCAGUCCCUGAAGAAGAAUUGGGUAAUUUCUACUCUGAAGAUUGUUAUUUGAUUUUAUAUGAAUGGAAUCGUUCUGAUCUCUUCCAAGACGAUGACGAAGAAGAAGAAGCACCACCUGCCCAAGAAGAAGAAGAAGAAGAUUUACCUCCAGAAUCCUAUCCUGAACCCAAGUAUAAGGGAUAUGAAAGUGAUGACUCUGAUUCAUUGGAAGCUCGAAUGAAAUUAAUUGAUGGCAUGGGUGUUAAAGUCACAGAAGUUACUGAAGAACCAGAAGAAAAGCCAAAGAAAAAAUAUGAAAUUAAGAAACCACAAGAAAAGGAACAAGAUGAAGAGCAACAAGAACCACAACUCAUUGUGAAACCUCUCAAUAUCAAAAAGAAGAAGAUUUUCUACUUGCCAAGAAGAAUAUUGUACUGUUGGGAAGGUGCUGACUCUCAACAAACAGUGAGUGCUCGUAUUCUCAAGAGAAACUUCCAAAACUUUGCAUCAGAUCCAAUUAAUCCAGCAAAAAUUAUCACACAAAAGGAAGGAAAGGAGAAUGAUCACUUUAUGAAGAUCUUUGAACACAUCAUGGUUGUUCACAAAGGUACCAUGACGAAUAAGCGUGCUGCAACUUCACUUUACAGAAUUUAUUGUAAGACUGUGAGAAAUUCUAAAGCAGUUCAAGUCGAAAAGAAGAGAAACAAUUUGAACUCGAAUGAUGUUUUCAUCUUGUUGGGUCCAAGAACUGCCUACUUGUGGAUUGGUGUCUAUUCGAGUGGUAAAAAGAAGGAAAUUGCUUUCAAACUUGCUCAAUCUCUCAUUGGCAACAGAGAUGUCUCAGCUGUCGAUGAAGGUUUCGAACCAGAAGAAUUCUGGGAUCUCUUCACUCAAACAGAUAAUCAAGUCACUCCAUAUGUGACUGAAAAAUUGAAUUAUGCUCAAGGUGUCGUCUUUGAAUGUACCAUCAUUAAUGACAACACAUUCAGAGUGAUGAAUGUGGGUGAAAUUGGACAACAAUUCCUUCAACAAGAUUUGAACAAUUCACAUCAAAUACUCAUUGUCGAUUACACGGAGGUCAUCUUUGUUUGGUAUCCAUCCACACCUUCAAGUGCUCAACGAGCAUUGGCACUCAAAGCAGUGGCAUACAUUCUCAAAGAUGAUUUGGCUGAAGAAAUUGAAGAAGAUGAAAAAGUGAAAGAGGAACAACAUGCCGAAUCAACACAGAACAAUGACGACGCCAAUGAUGAAGAACACGAUUUCACCAUUAACAAUUCAACCAAACAAUUUUUAAACAAAUUCGAAGGAGAAACUACCAAUCCAGAAAUUCCUCGUUUUCCAAGAUCGAUCUCUAUUUACGAAGUCGAACGAGGAAUGGAGCCAUCUGAAUUCAAAAGUGGUUUCCCAGUGUGGAGAGAAGAGAAACACUAUGUCGAUCAACAUGAGGAUUCUCUCAUUAAAGAAAGAGAAAGUGAAAGCAAGUUAAUUGCCAAAUCUUUACCAUUCCUUCAAUUGAUUAGAGAAAAGUAUCCUUUCCUCAUUACCAACGAUGAAUUCGUUAAUGUACACAAUAUGGUACAUAUUAUCAAAUUGGCUAGAUUGUGUAAAAAUAAUUAUAACAUGUUAAUUGGAAAUCUUGAACAAUUAGAAGAAGAGUAUAAGGAUGUGAUUUACUUUGGUGAACAUUUUGAAGCAUUUGCAAGUGAUUUAUUCAAAUUUAUGGUCACUAAUAAGAUUCAAUAA